AUGGAUAUUUAUAAUGUUCGUUUGUCAGAAAUUGUGAGUUUACAAGAUUCAAUUAGGUCUGAACUACAAGACUCUAUAUCGAAUAGAAAAUCAAGUAUUCAAGAAAUACAACGCAGCACUGAGGAAAUAGGUAAUAAAAUCAUUCAUAAUAUCACUGUCAAAGUUUUACAGCGUAUUGAAACUAUUAUGGGAACUAUGGAAGGGUUGUUGAACCGUUGUGAGGCUGUUGAGAAGAAACUGCAUGAGUACAGAAUUGUUCAAGUUAAAAAGACGAAUUUUGAAUCAGUAGAUCAUACUAUCAACAAUAUAAAAGAAGAUAUAAGAUCUUAUUAUCAAUGUAUCGACAGAAUAACUGGAGUGUUUAUAAAGGUGAACGAGUAUAAGAGUAACCUUGUUAACAGUAUAAAUCAAGAAAUAACAAAAUUAUCUGACAAUACGUCUCAUGUGAAGAUUCAAAGUGAGAUUCAGAACUUCAAUAAAAGUUUCGAAAACAAUCCAAAACUUAAUUCUUGUAAUCCUAAUAAUCAAUUUAGUAUAUUUAUUAAACAAGAACUUAAAGGUAUCCAAAGUGCUCUAAUUUCGGCGACUAAGCUUCGACAAGAUGCUGAUGAUGAUAUUACGAAUGCCAUCAAGAAGUUCACUGAAACUCUUCAAAAUGGGCUUACAAUUGCUGUUUCAAAUUAUUCAGUCUCUUAG